UUCACCCGCGUCGCGCGCGCAUGAUCCAACCGACUCGCGAUAGAGCAUUGUUGAGCUUUCUAGUGAUAGUGUUUUAUUAUUUUUCCAAAUGUUUUUUUGUGUCGAUUUCGGGAGUUGGAAAUAAAUCGAACAUUUCUAAAAAAAUCGGAAGUUGUGUUUAGCUUGUUUUUUUUAUCGUAUUUGCUAAAGACAUUUCAAAAUUGGAUACCACAAGGAAUAGAAUUCGAGCUGAUGUUCUCGCGUUUUCGUACCUGCGAAUGAAAUACCGAAACAGCCUUGGACUGAUUGAGCAGAUUCAGUUCAGAACUUUGGUGCAAAUUAAAGAAAGUCCGCACCGGAAGCGUGGUUUCACUGGAGAUAAAGCAGCACCCAUCUGGGGCGAUCCGGGGUGUCAGCACAGCAGCUACUGAGUGGGGUUUUUUUGUGAUAUCAAUUAAAUAAAACGUGAUCAAUUUCGAACGCUUCUCAAUUACUGACACCCGCGGGCAGCCGCCGGAAAUGUAAAUCAAUCGACCCCGGAGACAAUCGAGAAGCAAUAAGCAAAUAAACUGACAGUGACAAAUAAUCGGCAUCGGCCAAAUAACUAAAAUAGCUUAUAAAACGAAGCGGUUACACCGAUCGGUACCAAAUAUUACUGAUAGGUUCAAUAGAGUAUAUUAUAGGAGAAUGGAAACUUUCAAGAUUGUUGUUUUGAUUGGUUGCGCGCUGGCGGUCGCAGCUCGACCGGAAUCGGACAGCUCGGAAUGGCCGGAGUGUGGCAGCGAGGAGAAUUUACACCAGGGAGAAUUUUCUCCCUAUGACUAUUCGGCCGUUGGCUUCAUGUUGGUCGUGUCUUUGGGAAUUGGAGUUUUCUACGGGUACUUCGUUAAGCCCAAGAAAGUCGAUGGCGAUCCUAGUUCAAAUGACUUUUUGCUUGGCUCCGGAAUGACAGUAUUCCCAGUCACGUUGAGUUUGACAACAAGCUUCAUAACGGCCAUCGAGUUGCUUGGCAAUCCAUCGGAAAUGUUUUACAGUGGAACUCAGUUUGCUUUAAUAGUAAUUGCUGCCUUACUGGUGAUCCCCGUCGCCGUCAAGUUGUUCUAUCCAAUGUACUAUAAAAUGAAUUUGACUAGCUGCUACGAGUAUCUGGGAACACGGUUCAACAGCAAAAUUCGCAUAUUCGGAGCAAUCCUAUAUAUUCUGCAGAUGUCUUUCUACACCUCGGUUGCAGUACUGGCACCAGCAAUCGCCCUUUCGAAGGCAACAGGUCUCGAUACGCACGUGGCCGUGGUGCUGAUCUACUUCGUCUGUGUGUUCUACUCUUCGCAGGGUGGCAUGAAGGCAGUCGUUAUUGCUGAUACCUUCCAGGCCUGUAUCCUGGCUCUUUCACUGGUUCUGGUGGUCGCCUUCGGCUGGUAUUACACGGGCGGUCCAGUAGAGGUUUUCACACGUGCCCAGGAAAACGGUCGGAUCGAGUUGCUCAAUCUCAGCACCAAUCCGACAACCCGUCAUAGCGUGUACUCCGUGGUAAUCGGUGGCUUUUUCUAUUGGACGUCGCUGUUUUGCACAAAUCAAGCUGCAGUUCAGAAAUGUAUGUCAUUAAAAUCGCUCGACAAGGCAAAAAAAGCGAUUUAUCUUUCGAUCAUCGGACUGGUGUUGGUUUUUCUGUUUAACUUCUACACCGGGCUGAUGACUUUUGCCCACUACACCGGGUGCGAUCCCCUGCGAUCGGGUCAAAUAACCGAGAAGGACCAGCUGGUGCCGUUCUUCGUAAUGGAUGUGCUCGGUCAUGUCAAGUCGAUGACGGGCAUUUUUGUCGCCGGCAUCUUCGCCGCCAGUUUGGGGACUGUUGCUGCGGCGCUCAAUUCCCUGUCUGCCGUCACGUGCGAGGACCUGCUCGUAUCCGGUCUGGGUAUGAAGAUUCCACCGGAGAAGGGUGCCAUGUAUGCCAAAUGGAUGUCGCUCGGGUACGGAGUGUUCUCCUUUGGACUGGUUUUCGUGGUGGAACGACUUGGUGGCAUUCUGCAGGCUACCCUCACCCUAAACGGACUGAUUGGCGGUGUGACAUUGGGACUGUUCGCUCUCGGACUGUUCUUCCGAAAUGCCAACAGCAAGGGCGCGUUGUACGGAGGUAUCCUGGCGUUGGCUUUUGUCGUCUACAUUGGCGUGAUGGCACAAAUCUACGGAGAACCGGUGACCCCGCUGCCGUCAUCGAUUGACGCCUGCAAUUGUACGCAAACAACGUCGUCGUCGUUGGUCGUCGUCGGUGUGGAAACCUUCGGUGGAAUUGGCAGCCGACCUCGACAGACCGGUGAGUCUUGCGUUGGUUUCACUGGACACUGGAUUGGCCGGAACCAUGCCGGCUCCUCGGAAAGCUCCCCGUGGGCCUCAGUCUACCAGAUCAGCUACAUGUGGUACUCAUUCCUGGGGACGAUCCUGACGAUUUUCUUCGGUUUCAUCAUCUCACUGAUGACGGGAGGGCUGUGCGUGGGAAAACAGAUGAGCAUCGAUCUGCUGACGACACUCGGCGAUUCGGCCGUUUCCAAACAGGAGGAAAAAUGCACCAAAGUGCUGCGGUACAGCCGGUCGGGUGACGACGGUAAUCCGGACGCGGGCAAGGGAAGAAAAUCAAUUACAAGAGAUGACUCUAUCCGGAUCCAGAUCGGUGCACCGUUGACGAUGAUGAUGAAAACCGGUGUCUCAUCCGAGCAGGAGAACAACAAGAAGCAACGGCACCAGACAAACGGAAGUGUCUACGAUGAAGGUGGCAUAUUUGCAAUCGGAGGAUAUCGUAAUCAAGCCGAUGGGAAUGCCACCGACUCCGGCUGGUUGCGAUCGACCACUCAGCUCAUGGCCGACGGUCCAACGGUGAAGAUAGAACGUGAGAGAUUUUAAUUAUCGUUGUUACUAUCCGAUUGCCAGGACGUUGUGUCACACAACGAUUGGGAUUUCGGGGGAAAAAGGAAAGAUUUACCUAGCAUUACUAUUGGUUACGAUUAGUUGAUAGGGUUCACUUACUUCAAACUAUCUGUUAUAUAUUCGACCAAGCCAUCAAUUAUUUUACCCUUUUGCCCGUAAUUGAGUGGAAAGAAAUGCUGAAAACCUUAUUUAUAACCUUCUACAUAUUGACUUCUGGUUGUCCCACACGGGAAAGCAAAACGAAGAAAAUUGUCAGCAGAAAGUCAGUAAAUCUAGUGAGCAGAUUCGGAUUACGGAAUGAAUUUAUUUGCGGAAGCAAUAUAUAGUACAAAAAGUAAUAGAUAUUCUUAUUUUGCUCCACUCGAGCGGUGAAAGGCAGAACGGCAGAAAGCUUCCAGUUAGUGACUGUAGUGUGAAAGUAGAUAUAGGAAAUUGCAUGUUCAAAUGACCGGAUAUUCGUAGGGAAAUGAUUUCAUAUCAGUAGUAUUGCAGUCAGUAUUUAUUAGCAUUAGUGUAGGCACACCACUUUUUUUUGGUAUCCAUAUUUUGCAAGUGAAAUUGCUUUCACGUUAAAGCAAUCAAAAACAA